AUGCUGUUUGCCGCGUUCACAUCCGUCCUGCUCUACCUCCUCCUCAGCGCCGGCGCCGCCCUCUCACUCACCAUGCCGACCAAACUCAACACCACAACGGCCUGGGCACCGCCCACCCUAACCACCCUCAACAUACCAGCACCAAUACCGAGCGUCAGCGACAGCGACCCUCCUACCAACAUCCUCUCCACAGCCGCCAGUCCAAACCAGCACAUACCCCCGCCGACGCACUGGCCCUGGUGGACCACGCCCGCUGCCUGGGUCCUCGUCGUCUACGACGUUGUUACUGGAUUCGGAUUACUGUGGCUGUAUUGCACGGGCGGGAUGGAGGGGCUUUGGGGGAGGCAGAGUGGCAGGAGUGUAUGGGCUGUAGGCGCGAGGGGAGGCGGAAGAACGGGUGGGGCGAGGGUGGGGAGUUGGGUGCUGAGGAGGGAGGAGGCGAGGGAGGAGGUUAUUGGGUGGGAGUUGAGGAGGUUGGGUAUGAUUUAG